CCUGAUUUACUGCCGUCCUGGGUUUCUCAAAAACUCCAUCCAACCGCAGACGUGCAGACGAGUCCGCGCUAGCGAUGAGCAGGCACCCGAGUCCACCGCAGCCUUCCUGCAUCGUUGAGCACCUCGAGCACACGCGUGCAGCGCAUCGUCGAGCGUGUCUUUGGGACGAGCUUCGACAGUUUCAGCUCUCCUGUCUGACCUUUGAACUUCACAUGAUCUCUGUCUGUGCCUCAAAGGCUGCUCACCUUGCCGCUCUACGGAGGUCUACACCGCUGUUCACCGCCUUUCUCCCUCUCCCUACUUUCACGUUGUCCUGCGUCGGGCCUGGUGGGUCAUCUGACGCCGUUUGCUCUGGGACAGCUCGCUAGUUGCGGGUUUCCCGUUUCAUCUACCCACUCCCACAUGCUUCGCCGCGCCAUCGCCUGCAGCGUCUGGGAACAGGGUGCGCAUUCUCCGCAUCUCGUUGGCAGAGCCGUGACAACCCUUGUCUUUGUGGUUUCUUGGGAAG